AUGGAGACACAGGUUCCACCCCACCAUGGUCCACGUCAACUGCACACCUAUAUCUGCAUCUUCGUUACCUUCGCCGCCGCCACCAUCUCGCUCGUCCUCCGCCUCAUAGCGCGAAGGCUCACUAAGAUCUCGCUGUGGUUCGACGACUAUCUCUCCAUACUAGCUUUCCUGUGCGCGGGAGUAUGGAGUGGACUCGUGCUCACAGGGCUGCAAAUCGGCCUCGGACUCUUCCUCGCUGAAAUCGAUCUCCCCGGCCCAGAAACACUUGAGAAAUCGCUCCUUAUACUCUGGAAUCUGGAACUGUUCUACGCAUUCUCGCUGGCCUCGGCGAAGCUUGCUAUCCUGGCGUUCUACUGGCGCAUGUUCAAGUUGUCAAACAUCAAGAUCCCUAUCAAGAUCCUAGCCGCAUGUACGAUUAUCUGGCUUAUCCUGCGCACCUUCCUCGCCAUCUUCCACUGCGUUCCCAUAGCCAAGUUCUGGCGCCCGAAGACGCCAGGACACUGCGCCAUCGACGACAGCAAUUUCUUCUUCGGCACCGUACUCACGCAUUUCCUGAUCGACAUCGCCAUCCUCGCGCUCCCCAUCAUCGAAGUGCAGAAGCUGCAGCUGCCGCUCACGCAGCGUCUCGGCAUCAUGGCCAUGUUCCUGUUCGGCGUGUUCGUCUGCGUCGCAUCCGUCGUCGUGCUCAUCCUGUCGCUGCGCUACGACACGAGCAAUGUGGAAAUGCCCUGGAACGUCACGCCUAUCAUCAUCUGGGCGACCGCGGAGGUCAAUCUGGCCAUCGUUUCCGCCUGCCUCCCCAUGCUCCGCCCCAUCUUCCUCGUCCUCCUCCGCCGCCCGCUGAAAUCCUCCUCCCAUCCCUCCUCCUACUCGCACUCCCGCACGCAGCCGCACCUCCACACGCACAAACUCGCCACCCUCACCACGCAUACGCACACAGUCGACUUCGACAAAGACGCCUCCGAGUCGACGGACCAACUCGCCACGCGCGAAGACUCCAUAAGCAGCACGUCGGAGUACGAGAGGGCUGCGCAGCACGGGAAUACGACGGUUGUGAUAGCCGACGCGGAGGAUAGAUUUGGGGGGGAGGGGUGGACGGGGGUGGGGAUGGGGGGGAUUGUGGUUACGAAUGAGACUAGUGUUCGGGUUGAUAGGGUGGGUUGAUUUUGUCAGUGGGAGUAAUCAUGCUAGAUGGUCUACAAAGGUAAAGAGGAGACACAUUCAAAGGUUGGGCGAGGGCUCGAAAUGGAGAGGAAAAUGCACUAGUCCUGUUAGGGCUAGGCCGAAAGACGUCAUCUCUCAUCUGAUCGCCGAGGCUGCAAGGCUGAUGGCUCUCCCACUACCUCGCUUCCAAGGUUCCUUUGAGCCAUAGAGAAUGACACGACCGACAAGCCAUUGUCAGCCAAUUGCGCCACGUAACCAAAGACACGGCAGUCCAUGAUCCCCCUCGAACGACAUUUGCCGUCGAGCCUCGCCUGUGGAUAUCCGAUCAUCGCGGGGUACCUGUCGCAGACUGCACAACACCUUACGGCCUUGCGGAUGGGGCGCUUAGCAAACGGAAUGAUCAAAUGAUGUUACUGCAACCUCGGGACUACCCACGGGGACGCUUUCAGCUGCUGCUGGAGUGCGUCUUUGUGGCUUCGGCAAUAUGG